CGACAGGGUGCACGGUGAGGUCGACACCGGCUGGCGCCAAAUUCCUUUUGAGGUCUGCCCCACAUCUGGACGCGGUCCCUUCACUACCUCCAUCCAUCCAGUGGGCCAAGCCAGAAACCGGUGAAUCAUCCUCGACAACUCGGUCUCUCAUCCCCACACCGAUACAUCAAGUCUUAGUCGUUUUAAACGUCUUAAGGAGCUUUGGCGUCCUUACGUGCUUCACCAUCGUGGCUAAGCCAUCCUCUUCUCCGUGUACUCACAAUAGCCUUCUAACAGGUCAUCUGUAUCUGUGCUUGCCGCCUUCAGAUUCAUUCUGCAUACAUCAGACAGAUGUGCCUUUUAAGAACACAUAGAGACCGAAAUCUUUCCUGUGACCUAUAAUGUCCAGCACUGUCUAACCUUUGCCUCCCUCCAACCUUACUAGUUUAUUCAUCUUAGCCCAAAUUACCCUUUUUUAGGUUUUUUUGUUUUUGUUUUUUUGUUUUUUACUUAUUUUUGGGAGAACGCAAGCCAGGGAGGGGCAGAGACAGGAGGACAGAGGCUCUGAAGUGGGGUCUGGGCUGAAGCCUUACAGAAGCGAUCCUGAUCGCUGGGGUCGAACUCACCGGGAGAUCUUGACCUGAACAUAAGUCGAUCCUUCAACUGACUGAGCCAUCCAGAUCCAGCAUUUCCUACGAUUAGCACAGCAGGGGACAGAAGAAAAGGAGAGAGAGAGGGCUCUGGUCAGCCUUCGUCGAGGCUUGCAGCACCCUGAGACGCAGCAGACCUUCAUCUGGAGCUCUGUCUGUAUACACUGGGUAACCUGAUUGUGGAGAGUGAGGCUGUGAGAAGGCAGCUCCUGCCACAGGGCAUUGUUCCAGCCUUGGCUGCCUGCAUCCAGGUGAGCGUCCAUCUAUUGUCUCCCUCCUUGGGCAGCACUCCCCUCACUCGUCUCUACAUGGUCCCCCUGCUUUGUUUAGGCAGCUUCAGCCUCUGCCCUAUGCUAAGGGGUUGAAGGUCACAGGGAACCUUAUGACACGGUUUCCAGAGUCAGAUCUGUGCUCUGUCUACUUCUAGUACUUCUGUACUCUUGUCUACUUCUAGUCCCCCCAUCUGACUGUGCUGGAAGCCCUUGGAUAUGCCUUAUCCCAGCUUCUGCAAGUUAAGGAAGCUCCAGAGAUGAUCAUCCCGUAAGUAAAAUUGUGUCUGCAGAUGUGCAGGUAGGUGUGACCCACUUUGUAUUGUAACCCCUGGAGGUGUGAUUGAGUCUUGUUUCCAAAGCUAUUGCAUAUUUUAGCUCAAGGUGUCUGGCUGGGAAGAGCUUUGGAUUUGAAUGCUUUCCCACCUGCUCUUAGGGUUUGGGAAGAAUGACUGGCAUCUUGGUUUCUGUGGUUCCCACUCACAGCUCUCCUUCUGCUGACAGCUCCGUCUUGGGCUCCACUCUCCCUGAGCACAUCCUGCGACUGUUGCAACCUGGUCCAAAGCUGAACCUUGGGGUUGCUGUGGAGUUUGCCUGGUGUCUGCACUAUAUCAUCUGCAGCCAGGUCGACAAUACCCUGCUUAUCUCCCAUGGGGGUCUGUCCACUCUGGGGUUGCUGCUAUUGGACAUGGCUGGAGCUGUCCAGAGAACAGAGGAUACAGGACUGGAGCUGCUGGCAUGUCCUGUGCUUCGGUGUCUAAGCAACUUGCUAACAGAAGCAGCAAUGGAGGUUGUGGGAGGGCAAAAUCAGCUUGAAGACGAGCGUGUUGUGGCUGCCUUAUUUAUCCUUCUGCAGUUCUUCCUUCAGAAACAGCCCAGCUUACUUCCUGAGGGCCUCUGGCUCCUUAACAACCUCACUGCAAACAGUCCUAGUUUCUGUACCUCCUUGCUCUCCAUGGAUCUGAUUGAGCCCCUCUUGCAGUUGUUGCCAGUUUCUAAUGUGGUGAGCAUAUUGGUCCUCACAGUUCUGUGCAACGUGGCAGAGAAGGGUCCUGCUUACUGCCAACGUCUGUGGCCAGGGCCCUUGCUCUCCUGCUUGAUUGGUACACUGGCCUUCCCUGACAUUGAGGUAGUAGGCCAGAGUUUAGAGCUGCUGCAAUUGCUGUUCCUCUACCAGCCAGAGGCUGCUAAGGAUUUUCUGCAGCAAUCAGGGGUGCAGGUCCUGGAAAGGCACCAGGAAGAGGCCCAGCUCCAGGAUCGUGUGCGUGCUCUCCAGCAGACAGCGCUUCACCAGUGACCUUUUUGAUGUCAUUCUACUCAUCACCACCACCCUACCCUUGCCCCAACUUCCUUGCCCAUGGAUCCCCCUUUGAGGUUUUAGAACCGUAAUGGUAUCUCCUGCUCUCUGCUCCUGUGUCUAAGCCAAGACUUUCAAAGCUCAGCUCUUCUUUGACCCAGAACUGUCCAUAUAGGACCAAAGGGGACUUGAUGUGGGCCUGGAAUCAUCCCCCCCCCCCGCCCCCCAUUA